GCGGCGCGGCGCCAGGCGAGCAGUGUUGGACAAAGUCACCUGAAGGAAGUACCAGAAGACCUGUGCCAGAGAUCAAAACCCAAGAGACCCCAUGGUGUGGUGCUCAGAUGACACCGAUUAGGCCAACAAGUAGAAGUGGAAAAUGCAAGUCAACAAGACCCCACAUCCACUGGUUGCAGAAUCAGCAUGUAUUUCUGAUAGUUAACAAGACAGAAGCAGUCUCCGCCAGGCAAGAAACCAACAAAAAUAUUUCACAAUGGAUGUAGACGAUGAAGAAAAUAUGAGUUCAAGCAGCACUGAUGUUAAAGAAAACCGCAACAUGGACAACGUUCCCCCUAAGGAUGGCAGUGUGCAAGGCCCCGGAGAGGGGACACAGCUCUCCAAUGGUGGUAGCAGCAGCAGCAGAAAGCGUCCUCUGGAGGAGGGCAACAAUGGCCACUCCAAAUUUCGCCUGAAGAAGAGGAAGAAAACACCGGGCCCUGUUUUGCCAAAGAAUGCCCUAAUGCAACUUAAUGAGAUAAAACCUGGUUUACAGUACAAACUUCUGUCCCAGACAGGUCCGGUUCAUGCCCCCAUGUUUGUGAUGGCGGUUGAAGUUAACGGACAGGUAUUUGAGGGGUCUGGCCCUACAAAAAAGAAAGCAAAGCUCCAUGCCGCUGAGAAGGCUCUGCGGUCUUUUGUGCAGUUUCCAAACGCUUCUGAAGCCCAUCUAGCAAUGGGGAGGACUCUGUCCGUGAACACAGACUUUACGUCUGACCAAGCAGACUUUCCAGACACACUUUUCAAUGGAUUUGAAACUCCAGUUCCUUCCGAUUCUUCCUUUUAUUUAGGGUCCAAUGGAGAUGGAUCCUUUAGCUCUAGCGGGGACUACGGUUUGUCGACGUCUACUGUAACUAGUAGUCUUAUGCAGUCACCUCUCCCUACACCAUCACCAUAUCCAUCCACAAGUGGAAAGAAUCCAGUAAUGAUCUUGAACGAGCUGCGGCCAGGGCUGAAGUAUGAGUUUCUCUCAGAAAGUGGGGAGAGCCAUGCUAAAAACUUUGUGAUGGCAGUGGCGGUGGAUGGUCAAACUUUUGAAGGAUCAGGAAGGAAUAAAAAGCUUGCAAAAGCUCGGGCUGCUCAGUCAGCUCUGGCAUCCUUAUUUAACAUGCAACUGGACCAGACUCCAUCCCGACAACCCAUUCCUAGCGAGGGGCUCCAAUUACACUUACCACAGGUUUUAGCUGAUGCUGUUGCACGCUUGGUUGUAGAUAAAUUCAGUGAUUUGACAGAAAAUUUCACAUCUCCACAUGCACGUAGAAAAGUCCUUGCUGGAGUUGUCAUGACUACAGGUACAGAUGUGAAAGAUGCCCUGGUAAUAAGUGUUUCUACAGGAACAAAAUGCAUCAAUGGUGAAUACAUGAGUGAUCGUGGUCUUGCAUUAAAUGAUUGCCAUGCAGAAAUUGUAUCUCGCCGGUGCCUGCUUAAAUUUCUAUAUACACAACUUGAGCUCUAUCUAAGCAAUAAAGAAGAUCAGCAAAAAUCCAUUUUUAUCAAAUCUGAACGCGGUGGGUUUAAACUGAAGGAGAAUGUGCAGUUUCAUCUCUAUAUCAGUACAUCUCCUUGUGGCGAUGCUAGGAUUUUCUCACCACAUGAAGCAGCACAAGAGGAUCAAGGGGACAGGCAUCCAAACCGCAAAGCAAGAGGACAGCUCCGGACAAAAAUAGAAUCUGGGGAAGGGACAAUUCCUGUGAGAUCUACUACCACUAUCCAGACGUGGGAUGGAGUAUUGCAAGGAGAAAGGCUACUGACCAUGUCAUGCAGCGACAAGAUAGCUAGGUGGAACGUAUUGGGUAUUCAAGGAGCCUUACUUAGCCUCUUUGUGGAGCCAAUUUACUUCUCUAGCAUCAUCUUGGGGAGUUUAUAUCAUGGGGAUCAUCUAUCCAGAGCCGUAUACCAGAGGAUAGCAGAGAUAGAAGAUCUACCACCUCUUUAUACACUCAACAGACCUUUACUUAGUGGUAUUAGCAAUGCAGAAGCUCGCCAACCAGGGAAAGCACCGAACUUCAGUGUAAACUGGACAGUAGGAGACACUGGUCUUGAAGUUAUUAAUGCUACAACCGGCAAAGAUGAAAUGGGUCGUGCAUCUCGCCUUUGUAAGCAUGCUUUGUACAGCCGCUGGAUGCGUAUUCAUGCAAAGCUUUCAUCCAGCUUACGCUCAAAGAUCCUCAAGCCUAACCUGUACCAUGAAACGAAGCAAGGAGCAGCUGAGUAUCAAACUGCCAAAGAGUGUUUGUUCAAAGCAUUCCUGAAGGCAGGACUUGGAGCUUGGGUGGAGAAACCAAUAGAGCAGGAUCAAUUUUCUCUUACUGUCUAAAUCACAGACUGCACAUCACUUUGGAAAGGGGGUUGUUCUGGAAAUCCUGGUGUCCAGCAUCACUUUCUGGCAUCUCUACAGCAGAUAAAACAUCUUUUUACUGUCUUUUUAUUUUUAUUUCUUUUUUUGAAACUUUACUUAUAGAUGUUUGUUUUGCCUAAGUAUUGAAACUCGAUGAUAAUCAGAUACAUAAUUCUCUAUUUUGUUAUGGAAAAGUCAUUUUUGGUGUAUUUCUAGAAAUACUUCUACUGUACACAGUUUGCAGUAAGGCUGUCCUUAUAGUAUGAGAUGACUCAUUUUUUUCUGAGUUAAAAUAAUAAUUUCUUUUUUUAAUUCAAUGCCAUCAAGUAUAUGGAAAAAACGAAAGUUGCUUUAGGUUUUACACCACACUUUUAGGAAAUAGCUUAAUUUUUUAAGAAGAAAGUAGGUGACAAAGUUGAUUCUACUCCUCUAUUAACUUGGUUUUGAACUGCAGGUAUUUCUGUCAUCUAGACCGUAAAGCCAGAAUGGAGUCUGGACAGCUAGUUUUUCCCCACCUCCUUGCUCUUUAAAACCAGCUGCUGAAAUUUUCAUGUCUUUGAUGUAUGUAUUUAUUAGUCUGUGACCCAGUUUUUAACAUGCAGCUUUUUAUUCUGUUUUUAAAAAUACAUUUACCUCCCAUUUA